CAGGGGCUGGCUCCCUUUGCCCAUGAGUCUGGCCUGCGUGAGGCCGGGACCGGAGCAGGGGACGGGGCGGUGAGUUACAGGGAAUGGAUUUCAGAGUCCUGAGCUCCUGUCCAGUGAUCGGGCCUGGAGGCUCUCCCCACUCUGCGGAGUUGUGACCGUGCUGCCCUCUUCUGGGGAGGCGCCAUCUGUGCUGAAAGGCUUCACCAAUUACUAGCAACAAAGGAGACUAGACCUUAGUUCCUUUUGAUCAACUCCUUCUAAAGCAACAUCUCAUCAUGGCUGAACUGUCACCAGAAGAAAUUCAAUUGAGGGCCCACCAAGUCACUGAUGAGUCUUUGGAAAGCACAAGAAGGAUUCUUGGCCUGGCUGUUGAGUCUCAGGAUGCAGGAAUCAAGACAGUCGCCAUGCUGGAUGAACAAGGAGAACAACUAACCCGUAUAGAAGAAGGCAUGGACCAAAUAAACAAGGACAUGAAAGAAGCUGAAAAGACCUUGACAGAGCUCAACAAAUGUUGUGGCCUCUGUGUCUGUCCUUGCAACAGAACAAAGAACUUUGAGUCUGGUAAGUCAUACAAGUCAACCUGGGGUGAUGGUGUGGAGAACUCAACAGACCGUGUUGUAUCCAGCCAGCCAGGACGUGUAACAAAUAAUCAGCCACAGAUCACUGGAGGAGCAAGUGGGGGAUAUAUUACACGGAUUACAAACGAUGCCAGAGAGGAUGAGAUGGAUGAAAAUCUCACUCAGGUGGGAAAUAUCCUGGGGAACUUGAAAAACCUGGCUUUGGAUAUGGGCAAUGAGAUUGAUUCACAAAACAAGCAAAUAGACCGGAUAAAUGAGAAGGCGGAUACCAACAGAGAUCGUAUUGAGCAAGCCAAUGUCCGAGCCAAGAAACUCAUUGAUAGUUAAUGAGUUUUCUGCCAUUGUCCAAUGUCUUUCUCCAGCUGCAAGUCGUCAUUUUCAUAUCUGUGAAAUUUUCUGUAUUUCAAAACAGGGUAGCGGAGUCGGGAAGCGAGUGCAGCAGGUUGCUUUUUAUAGUACUUCCUUUUCUUAUCCUUGUGUGAAGAUUUUGCUUUGACUCCAUCAGAGCAACAACAUAGCUCCUAAUCAUCUGCCCUACCUUCUUAAACCUGCUCAGGGCUUAGAAAAUUCUCAAAGUUGUAAAACUUUCUCUUAUUCUCCCUCACAACACAAAGUGUUCUAUUUAAAAUGGAAUAAACAGGGUGGUAUAAUUUUGGGUUCAUAGUUGUAAAGUCUCCUCUCCAACCUUUCCACAAGUUUUUGGGUUUUUUAAUUACUUCACUUAGAGUUGUGCAUUCUCACUAAAAUAGGAACUUGGCGAUGCUUAUUACUUGUAUUUCUUAGUUCAGCAGGAUAACCAUGGUUUUACGGACACUUAGUUUAAUUUCCAGUCCAUAUAUAAACUACCAAAUUUAAGAAGUUCUGGCCUACUUGUGGUUGAGGACUUUAAAACGUACACACUGUAAUUUGAAGGAAAUGGGAGGGGAACAUAUGCAUUUUCGUUCUUUGAAUGUGACAUGAUGUUGAUGUAGAGACCACGGUUAACAGAUUAUGCUGCAUUUUGUGUUAAUUCUUUAUUGUAUAUAAUUGAUUUUAAACACAAUGCACCUAUUUUACUGUUGAACAGAAGAAAAUAACUCUGUUCCCAUAUUUAUGCAAUGGAAAAGAUUUUAUAUCGAGCUUCUAAAUAUUUCCUUUAAAAGUAGGCUCAACAAAGCUUUAGAUAAAAAUGUAAGAUUAAUUGAAAACUUAAGUCUCCAGGAAAACAUCAGACAAACUCUGAAUCUGACCACCUAUAGUAAGCAUGCAAAUAAAUGUCCCAUCUGGGUUCCAUGUCAAAUUCACCUCUGUCAAUUCUCCCUGGAAUUUGUGCCUUUCUCUGCUGCAGCACCACAAAUCUCACCGAGUUCUGUUCCCCCACAGUGUGUUAGGGGCAAUUUUUAAAACCUCUGAAUGGAUAUUAAAAUAAUGAAUGAGGGAGAACAAAUUUCUUCACACUUAAGUACAGUUUUCUUGGUCUUUUAGUUUUUAAACCAUGUAUACAUCAUAAUUCACCCUCUAUUCUGUAUGAUACUUCUGAACUAUGCAUGUGCUACUUUCCCACCUAAUCUUAAUUUAAAUUAAGAUAUAUACCUGAUAGCUGCUGUCCACUUAUUCAAAAAGUUAUAUUUUAUCAAGUUAAAUUUUUGCUUGGCAACAUGUCACAAUGAGUAGAACAUUCUGAAAUACCACCUUGCUAUAACGAAUGCUUUAUAUGAAGGAACUAUAUCUGUUCCUCCCUUCUUACCCUGUUCUGGGAAUAAGAUGCUUGCUCUCUUUACUAUAAUAAAUCAGUUUAUGGAUUGGACUUCAGAAUCUGCAAUGUAAAAUGUUCCAAAUCCAAGAUAUCUGUGGUGGUAAUGCUGAGGUUCC